AUGGGUUGCUUAAAGCUUCUAGUGCUGAUGCUGCUGAUGAACAGUCAAGUGAAUUGUGAUCCCGAGGAUAUCAAUAUGGGUUCGGCGCGCAACAUUCAUUCAAGUCUGAAGCGUGAUGUCUCACCCUGCUCCAAUUUCUGGGCCUAUGCGUGCGGCAAUUGGCAACGCGGGCAUUUCGUCGACAAUUUUGAGAUAGUUGAAGACAAAUAUGCGCAUGAGAUGGAAAGGUUGUUGCGCGGAAUGGAAAGCAAUGAGUUGGAAAUGGCGCCUCGUUUGGUGCAGCAAAUGCAAAAUUACUUUGCGGCAUGCAGCCGACAGGAACAUUUGCAUCCAAAAAUGGAGAAUUAUUUGCAAGAGCUGCCCAGGGACGUGGUCACCACGCUGUCAUCCGAAAUAAAUUAUAAAUGGGAGCUUGUGACGGCAACACUUCGCAAGUUUGGCCUAAAUGGCGUCUAUUUCACAGAACUAGCUGAUGUGGCAUUCAAUGAUUCGCUGGUGCAUGUGGCGCAAAUACGGAUGCCGCCACAACAUGCAUACUUUCAAAGCAAAUUUAAAAUUCUUGAUCAUAUGUUGGAGUUUGGACUGUUUCAGAGUAUAUCUAGAGCUGAGCACCGAAUCGCAGAGGAUCUUUAUGGUCUGGAUCUGCAGCUAAACAAUCUGAGUGCCAAGCAUCGCAGUGCGGAGCCUGUGGUGUUUGCCUGGAGCCUGAACGAUUUAAAGAUACAGAUACCUCAAAUCGAUUGGCAAACUUAUUUCAAUGAGUUGCUAGGAACUGAUGAGGCGCCCUCCAACCUGCGAGUGGAGGUUAGCGACGUGGAGUACCUUAGAGAGCUUGGCGCGUUAUUAACGCGUUACAGCAACGCGCACAUGCUUAAGGUUUAUCUGCUUAUGCGUCUGUGCCGUUUUGUUUCGGAAGCUAGUCCGCCUGAUCUCGCACCAGCGACCUGUGUCCAUCAUAUGCUCGCCCUGCUGCCACUGGGCAUGAAUUAUAUUUACGAUCGAUAUGUGUAUAAGACACGCGAACAGGACACUCGUCUGCUGGCUGACAUCUUCGAAGCUCUACGCACAACAUUCCGCAACUAUUUGCAGGUCAAUCGUUUGGAACUCACGCGUACACACUUGACGUACGUGCGGGCCAAGCUGGAUGCUAUGCAGCUGAAGCUGGGAAAUCUGCCUGCUGAGACAGAGCCAGCCUUCUACGACAACUACUAUGGAAGCGCUAACUUUACGGACUCCACUUUCUAUCACAACUAUUGGCAAGCACUGCGCCUGCGCACUUUUCUACAGCAUCAGCCGCUGCUGCAGCAGGAUGCUAAGAUGCAGCUGAAUCGAUAUUAUGUCAACGACGAUGUGUUUAAGGCGCGAAGCGCUCCCUACUUUGAACAUGAGCGCAAUACGCUCACAAUUCCGCUGAUUUUCUUGCAGUUGCCAUUCUUCGACCAGCAACAGCAUCCCAUUUUUCAGCAGAGUUUGAUUGGUUUUAUUUUGGCUCAUGAGAUAAACCACGCCUUUGAGCAGGAAGGUAUACUGUACAAUGCCUUGGGUAACGAAACGCCUAUGGGUCUGGAGAUACGCGAACAAAGAAGCUUUAAAUCUGCUCUGGAAUGUGCGCAGCAGUCUCCAACGUCAUCGUUAAAGGAGCGUCUGGCAGAUAUAAAUGGUCUGCAAUUGGCAUACGAUGCUUUCUUUGGCAUCGGCUCAGCCUCCGAACAGUAUGAGUAUCGUCCUUAUGCCUUCGAAAAUGAGUUUCUGGCCCCACAGCUGUUCUACUUGAACUUUGCCCAAUUCUUUUGUGGCAAACUUCCUCCGGCUAUAGCCCACGAUGCUGACGAUGUACGCGUCAAUGUGGCUGUGGAUAAUAUGCGCCAAUUUGUCAGAGACUUCAACUGCACCUCCAGUGAGCAGCCGCAGCCACCGAAGUGUGAAAUGUGGCGACCACGCUAG